GCCGGUAAUGUAGUUGAUACGAUAGUGCAGCUAACAUGUGAGAAGUUUGGUUUGGCUUUAUCAGACUUUAUUAGAGAAUUAGUGAACGUUAAACGACCCGAGCCGCCAUGCACGAAAGGUCGCUCCCCGCCUCCCCCAACUGGUACUGCUCCCGCAGCAGCGACGUCAACAGCAGCGGUUUGUUGGGCGUCGGAGCCAAAAACGUCAUCUUUUUGAUUGACGUAUCUGCAUCUUCCUGCAGGGUUACAGGUGAGCUUGUCGGCCAUAAAGACUUGGUGUCUGGCUUUUCAUUCUGUCAGCAUGCAGGACAGAGUCACAUCUGCGUCAGCUCCUCCAGUGACGGGGCCGUUCGCUUCUGGGACUCGGACAGCAAGGCUUUAAUAAGGGAGCAUGCAGCUCAUCAGAGCCCGGUCGCAGCGGUGCACUGGUCGCCGGUGGACAAAAACCUGGUGGUGUCAGGGGACGAGAAGGGCAUUGUGGUCUGUCACUGGUACAACACAGGAGACACCGCCAGCUUCUUCCCAGAGCCCAGGACCAUCUUCUGCCUCACCUGCUCCCCUCACACCUGGAGCUCUGUGGCUGUGGGGUACAAAGAUGGGAUGAUCGUGCUGAUUGAUGUGAGUAAGAAAGGCGAGGUGAUGCACCGUCUCCGUGGACAUGAAGAUGAGAUCCACUCGCUGGCGUGGUCGCCGAUGGCCAGCGAGGAUGCCCUUUUCAGCAGACCUGAGGACAUGGAAGCAACCAGUGGAGGGUCGGCAGGAGACGAGAAGGGCUGCUAUCUUGCGUCUGGGAGCAAAGACCAGACGAUGAGGAUCUGGAGCUCAGCGAAGGGAAAAAGUGUGAUGACUCUGAAGCUGCCGUAUCUGAAGAAAAGAGGCUCUGCAGUCGACCCCGGUGUCAAAGAGAGACUCUGGCUCCACGUCCACUGGCCGAAGGGACGACCAACACAACUUGUGUCCAGCUGCUUCGGUGGUGAGUUGGUGAUGUGGGACUUGACCAGGACAGGGAAGCAGAGGUGGACUCUGUUUGGGACGUCUUCAGAGGGACAGAACCACAACAGGAUCAUCUUCAACAUGAGUUCAGUCCGCCUGCAGGACGACAGAGAGCUGCUCAUCAGCACCUCCAUGGACAGAGAGAUUAAAUGCUGGGACCUGGCCUCUCUGGACUGCUGCUGGACUCUGCCCACCCUGGGCGGCUUUGUCUACGCCCUGACCUUCUCCCCCGUGGGUGCAGGGUGUCUGGCGCUGGGCGUCGGUGACAGCAUGAUCCGGGUGUGGAACACACUGACCACCCAAAACCAGUACGACACCAGGUGCUUCUGGCAGGGCAUCAAGUCCAAGGUCACGGCGCUGGCGUGGCACCCGACAAAAGAAGGAUCCUUGUCUUUUGGAACAGACGAUGGCAAGGUUGGAAUCUUCGAAGUCUUCUCAAACAGGCCUCCUCAGAUAUCGAGCUCCUAUCACAGGAAAACGGUGUACACACUGGCCUGGGGACCCGCAGUCCCCCCGAUGUCGUUUGGGGCAGCAGGUGGAAAGCCGUCCCUCAGCCUGUACAGCUGCGCCGGCGAAGGCAUCAUCCUGCAGCACGAUCCGUCCAAGCUGAGCGGAGAGGCCUCGGACAUCGACAAACUGAUCCGAGACACCAACAACAUCAAGCACAAGCUGUCUCCACACACCGACUUCAGCUGGAAGCCAGAUGGGAAAGUGGUCGCCAUCGGCAAUGAGGACGGGUGCAUUGAAGUGUAUGAGGCUCCCAGUCUGAAGCUGCUGUGCAGCGUCCAGCAGCACCACAAGAUCAUCAACACCUUGCGGUGGCAUCACGACCACGACUCCCCGCCAGAGCUGCACUGCCUCCUGGCAUCGGGCUCCAGCAACGCGACCGUCUACGUGCACGAUCUCCGCUCCAUCAUAGAGAAUCCUCCAGAAAGCCCCGUGGUGUUGAUGGAGCCGUAUCGCAGGCUGUGCGGUCAUACAUCUAAAAUCACCGGCAUGGCCUGGAGUCCACAUCACGAAGCCCGGCUGGUCACCGUCUCGUACGAUGGCACAGCUCAGGUGUGGGACGUGCUGCAGGAGGCGGCUGUCUCCAACUACCGGGGUCAUCUUGGGUAUCUGCUGUGCGUGGACUGGUCGCCCGACGAUCCGGAUGUGAUCUGGACCGGAGGGAAGGACUUCACCCUGCAGGAGUGGAAAGUCUCCAAACAAGAGUUUACAAAGCCACCCAAAGGGAAAAAGAUGGUCGACCUGAGGGAGAAGAUGAAGACCAAUCCCAAGCAGAAGAGGAAGAACAAGAAGGUGCCGGGGGCCGGAGGAGCCGCGCUGCCAGAGACAAAUGGAGAGCCAGUCGCCGGAGGAGAGAAGGUGGCGACGGGGCAAGAGCUGUCUGGUGAAGAUGAGGAAGAUGAGGUCAGCUCAACGAACAGUCCUGUACCUCCAUCAGUUUCAGUCACUUUUGAGAUGCAGAGGAAACCUUUCACUGCCGUAAAAAGCAAAGACAAACCAGACCUAAACUUGCUGAAGAAGAAGAAGCCUCGCUCCAUGCUGCCCCUCAGCACCUCCAUGGACCAUCGGCCCAAAGAGGAUCUGCUGCAGGACUGCAUCACUCUGGCCUCCGUCAGACACAGCAGUGCUCCCCCUGCAGGGUGCGUCCCAGGCCAAGGAGACCACAUCCAUCUGGGCCUCUUCUCUGACAGACAGGCUCUGUAUCGCAUGUUUGAGGCAGAAGAGGAGGGCCACGUGGAGGCGGGGCACCACGACUCGGUGGUGUACCUGCGGCUGUGGAGCGGAGACCUGGAGGGGGCGCUGCAGCUCGCCACAGAGAAAGGAGAGCUGAGUGACCACCUGCUGUCCAUCGCCCCCAUGGCCGGGUUCGGGGUGUGGAGCCGGACCGUGGAGGCCUUCGUCAAGCAGCUGUGUCUGCAGGAGCAGUACCUGAAGGCAGCGUCCCACCUGCUGUCCAUCAACAAGCUGUACGAGGCCGUCGACCUGCUGCGCUCUCACAAGCUCUACAGGGAGGCCAUAGCUCUGGUCAAAGCCAGGCUGCCAGCAGACGAGCCCGUCCUGAAGGAGCUGUACACCUGCUGGGCCGCCACGCUGGAGAAGGACGGACAUUUCUCCGCAGCCGCUAAAUGUUACCUGGCUGCUGGGGCCAGUUUCGACGCCGCUAAAGUCAUCGCCAGGAAGAACGACGUCCCCUCGCUGAGGACAGCGGCCGGUCUAGCGAGGAUCUCGGGAGAGGCCGCUCUGGCUCAGUCGCUGGCGCUGAGGUGUGCUAAAGACCUGGCUGCUGCUCAGGACUGGAUCGGAGCCCAGGAGGUCCUGAGCUCACAGGAGAGCCUGCUGGUUCACAGGCUGCACCUCUGCGUCGCUGCGCUGAUGACGGCGAUGCUGGCAGACUCUGAAGCUGCUGCUCAGCCCCGCGCCUCCAGUCACCACGUCAGCAUCCAGGACCAAGUGAGAGACGCGUGGGAGAAGCAGUUUGGCGUUUCACGAGAUUCCGCGGGACACCGCAGCGCCGGAGCUCUUCUGCAGGAGCUGAAGUCUGCGGAGAGUCCCACACCCACCGCCAACAUUCCUCUCAGACAGGUGCAGCUGUACUCGUCCCUCCAUCUGACCCGUGCCGUGUUGAGCUGGUUAUUGGGCGAUGAUGGACAGCUGAUAAAGGAGUUGUGGCAGGCGGUGGCCUGGCUCAGAGAUGCCGGACACUUCGGUGUCUCCACAGAGCUCUGCAGGCUGCUGUUCCCUGACAAUGACGUCAGUGUUUGUUCCAGGAAACACUCCAAAGUGCUUCAUCACACAGAAGAGGAACCCGAAGCUGCUGCUAAGAGUCUGCAGGCUUUUGUCGAUUACCACCACCUGUAUGAACACUGGUGGAGCAACUCCAUCCAGAUCCAGAGCAGGUUUCCCCCCCCAGCAGCUGACUCCGGUCCCGGGGACGAGGUGGAGGGUAAAGCGCUGAACGGAGAUGCAACAGAAGAAAGCGUCAGCCCGGAGACCCAGAGUCGUGACAAACUGGACUUUGAUGCGUCCGUGCUUCUGUCUGAGCAUCACGCUGCCUGUCAGGCCACUCAGAGGUCGGUGAGCGAGAUCCAGGAGCGGCUGGCGGCCAUGGUGCUGAAGCACAGCAGAGCCCAGGGAGGGCAGCUCGACUCUGGGGAGAAAGAGGCAGACGCGCCCACGCAGAUCUCCACCACCGCAGAGCCCUCGGAGAGCCAGGGGUCCGGUGAUGCUGGGCAACGCCCCGAGGAGCAGGAGACUCUGCUCUCUUUGUCCACCAAGAUGUCAGAACACCAGAAACGGCUGGUUGACCUGCCGGACACCAUCAAGAUGUAUCCUCACCCAGACGUUGUUGAAUGCUGCCUGGUCCUCCUGCACCUCAGUAAGUCUUCUCCGUCCGUGUCGGAGUCGCUCCAACAAAAGGCCAAAGAUCUGCUCCGCAAAUACGGAACCGAUGCCUCGGUCUUCAAAGCCUCCCAGCAAUUCCUCACCUGAAUCUGUCAUCGGCAGACUAAGAGAAGCACUUCCACUGUACAGCUUUUUGUUGAAUAAAUAAAUCUUUAAAUACCAAA